AUGAGCGAGAGCGGGAGCCCGCCGCCGGAUUUUGAAAGCAAAAGAUUGAACGAGAACGCUGCCGCCGACACAACCAUCGAGACGCCCCGCGCAAGCGUGAGCACGUGCCGCUACAAGAGCUCUUCGCCGGUGCAGUCCGCACCAGGUUCCGAUCGUAAACCCCAUCCCAAUGCUGUACUCCGCGACGUCGAUGAUCACCAUCAGCAGAACCUCGGCAACCCCAGCAGCAUGAUGGCCCCUUCUGGGGAGCCUGACGACGUCCACGAUAAAAGCGAGUCUGUCCCUGCCGACGACUUCGAGACGACGUCGGCUAGGCCGAUCAGCGUCACGUCGUCCGUCUACGCUCACACCAUUGAGAACGGCCGCCGAUAUCAGCACUUCAGGAAUGGCUGCUAUCCAAUUCCCAACAACGAGGAAGAGCUCAAUCGCGAGGACAUGAAGCAUGCCAUGAUGCUUGAGCUGUGCGACGGCGCGUUAUUCUAUACACCCAUUGGCGACAACGUGCACAAGAUUCUCGAUGUUGGGACGGGCACCGAUAAGUAA